ACGGACAAACAGACUUAGAACAAAUUCCUUAAAAAAUGAUAGCUCAGUUACACUAGCACCAGCUGGUGACGAUAUUACGCGAAGCACUGAGCUUCUCAAUUGGCGAUCAAAUGUGUGGUUCGGUAACGCAAAAUUUUCAGCUUUGGAAGCAAAAAUAACAUAUAUUCCCGGUCAAUAUCAAUACACUACAUGAAAGUUAUGAGAAUCUGCAAUAAUUUCACUUUUCUUCCAUUUGUAUCAUUAGUAAUUCAGGCUAGGGGUCGUAAUUCACUGUUAAGCCUCCACUAUCACCCGUUAAAAAUACCCACGAAGGUCUUUUCUGGCGGAAAAUUUGAUGAAAAAAAAAACGAUUUUUGAAGCAAAAGUUUCUACUGUUUUGGAAACCCCAAUACAUUUUGGACUCUCUAUCAAGUAGGUAUAUCAAAUUGAUUUCAUUUCAAUAAUAUUCACCAUAUGGAGGACCCUGCGGUAAACUCUUCCAGCAGUUCAUUCUGGGAUUCCUCAAGGAGUUCCUUUCCCAUUUUUAAGAAUUCCUCCAGCAUUUCCAUCUGGGAUUUCUCCAAGGAUUCCCUUAUGGAUUUCAUUUGAGAAUUCCUCCUUGUAUUUUUUCAGGAGUUCCUUCAGAGAUGCCUACAAAUCCUUCCGAAGUUGCUUCUAAGAUUUCUCCAAAAGUUCUAUCUUAGAUCCAGGAGUUUUUUCUAACGAGUUGAUCCAUAGUUUCCUUCAGGAGUUCUUUCAAGGUUUUCUUUUCCUCUUUUUUUUCAGGAGUUUCUUCCGACAAUCUCCAGGGAUUUCAACCGGCAAUUCUUUUGAGAUUCCAUCAGAACUUCUUUCUAGGUUUCCUGAAGAAAUUUCUUCCUGGAUUCCUCCAGGAGUUCCUUCUGGAUUUCCUUCAGGAAUUCCUUCCUUCCGCAAUUUAUUUAGAUAUUUAUUCCGAGAUUUCUUCAAGAAUUUCUUCCGACAUUUUUUCAAAACCCCUCCAGGAGUUGCUUAUGGGAUUCCUCCAGGAGUUUCAGAUUCCUACAGGAAUUCUUUCUCUGAUUCCUACAGGAAUUCCUUCCUGCAUUUUUCUAGGAGUUUCUUCUGGGAUCUAUCCAGGCCGUUUUUUCAUCCUCCAGGAACGGAUCUGGUACGUUUGGCAUAAGGCCGUUUGGCAUAAAGAAUAUGUGAAAUAUAUUUUCCCUCUGGCCAAAAAUUAAAGAACAGCCUUCAAGGGAAAGAAGGCAAACUUGUUGUUGGUGCAUUAUAUUGGAUCUCUUAUUUCGAAAUAACCUUUUGAUUUUUUUUUCCGGAAGGGGAAUGAUCCUUCUUUUGUAUAAAGGCUAUUCUUUAUCGAUAAAAGCAAUUUAGAUUCCGGUAAUGCUUCUUUCCAGCAAAUCAUCCUUGUCUGCAUAUUAGGUAUAUCCAGUAAAAUUAAUGUAUUAUCCUUCUUUAGAAUAUGGUAUGUGGGGGCAAGAUGGGUCAGGGGGUAAGAUGGGUCAGUACCGUUUUCAACCGUACUAUUUAUUUUUUGAAUCUUUCUAUAAUUUUCCCAGAUGAACCACGUGGAUACACAAAAAAGUGAUAUAUUGUUUUUAAAAUUCUUUACGUUCCUUACGCAGAAAAAAAAAAUAAAAUAUUUUUUCGUUAUACUCCUUAUGCUAUACAUUCCAUAUAACCAGGCCCGGAUUUAAGGGGGGGCAAAGGGGGUAAGUGCCCCGGGCCCCCCGAUGAAGGGGCCCCCCAAGAAUCCGAAAUACAAUUUAAAUUUUUAAACGAAACCAUAUGAAAUUCACGUGAAUGAGCGUUCAUAUUUUAUACAAAGCCCCUAAAGCCACAGCUGUUAAGGUGUGGAUAUUCAGCAUGACCAUACUAAGGUUGACGCGUUCAAUUCCCGGUCGUUCCAAGAACUUUUCGUAAAGGAAAAUCCUUGACUUCCUUAGGAAAAGAGUGCCUUCGUGUCUUCCACAUGGUAUGCACAUACGAAAUGGUCAUUGACAAAGGAAACAGUUACUGUGGAAGUGCUCAUAAAACACUAAGGUAAGAAGCAGUGUCCCAGUGAGGACGUCACACUAAAAAAAGAACUAAUAAUAGGGUUCCUAAAGGUAUCUAAACUAUGUUUGGCCAUUUAUCUGGAUUUUCUCUUAAAAAUAAUUCGAAAUCAAAAGUUUCAUAGUUUUUGGUGCAGUAUUUGAAAACAUGCGAUUUUCUCCAAAAACCCUUGAAAGUUCUUAUCGAGUGGAAACACUUUUCCGUGACUUCAAGUUUCUACAAAAAGUGUCUCUAACAGAGUGCAAGAAAGAUUAAGCUUUUGAGUAAUUGUACAUCAAUAUAAAUUUCAAUAGUUUCACAAAUUUAUCUAUUAUUUCACAAUGAUUAUACAUGAUUAUAUUUUGAAAACAAAUGUCUUAUACUUUUUUGCAUCAGUUCGCUGCUAUCACGUGUAUUGUAUUCAGUGUGUUAACUUUCCUAUCCCCGAUCACACACAAAUGAGAGAUAUAUUAUACCUUACCUGAUAGCAUCUUUUAUACACAUUGCGCCCGAUGAAGUUUGCUGUUGACAGCCUGAAAUAAACUAAAUCAGUUGUAUCCAGAACGUGAACCUCAAUAGUACUUUUAUUGAAAGAAGAUCUUUUUAGCUGACGACGAGGUUAAAAGUGAAAGUUAAGUUUGCGUGCAAAAGUGAAGUGGUUCUGGAGAAGCUGUGCAAGGCGUUCAAUUGGGCAGAUUUCGGCCAAUUCUGGAGGUUUCCUUUGCCGGUCUCAAGUGACGCUACCAGGAGGAUUGAGCGGAAGUGCUUUUGAGCAGCUCAGGCAAGGAAGAUUGUGUUCCCAGGUUGAAAGCUUUCCCUGGUAUAGGCCGUCGACGAGUAAUUCGAGGCAUAAUAAGAAGUGGUUGCUGUUGUUGCGGAAUUGGAAGUUGUUGCUGUUGCUGGGCAGUUGAAGUUGCUGUGACUGGAGAUCGUUUAGAGGUGGCUGUUGCUGGAUUCGGUGGCUUUUUGGGAUUCGCUCUUGGAUUAGCUAGACUUGCCGGUGGUGACGUUGAGGAAACGGAAUCGGACUGGUGCUACUUGGCGAGAUCAUUGCUGGUGUGCGAACAGUGUCGUGCCUAAGUUGUGAUAAUGGGACUUAUCGGUACCAUUGACCCGUAUGUACAGGGUACAUCGUUUUCCCAUUAUGUUGAACAAAUGGAAUACAUUUUUUCAAGCAAUGACAUCCAGGAAGUUAAGAAAAAGGACAUCUUUUUGAGCUUGUGUGGGGUUACGGUAUUCCAUGAACUAAAGCGUCUGUAUCCUGCUACGGACCUUAAAACUGUAUCAUAUGCCGACAUUAUAAAGAAACUCAAAGAGAGGUACGAUAAGGUAGAAUCAGACAUUGUGAUGCGUUUUAAAUUUCGAUGCCGCGUUCAGGGACCGAGUGAAAGUAAUGAAAAUUUUUUACUUGACGUCAAGUUACUGGCCGAGACCUGUGAUUUUGGUGAGUUUAGGGAUUCCGCGAUUAGGGAUCAGCUAGUAUAUGGUGUAUACGAUAAAAACUUACAACAAAGGUUGUUGGAUGAAGAAAAUUUGACCCUAAAGGUGGCGGAACGGAUUCUGAAGACAAAAGAGGUAGCAGCGAAUAGUUCCCAGGCGAUCAAUAGAACUAGCGAGGUGCAUUCAGUUAAAGAAAGGCUUGGUUGGAAAGGUGAUAGGAUUGAAACAAGAGGUUACCGAGAAAGAGUUGGUGCGGAAAGAGGAAGAGAGAGGAAUCGUCACGAAAGAAGCUAUGAUAAUAGGCGUUUACAGAAGUCUUAUACGAACUAUAGGUCUCGGUCCCGAUCGCAAACCAAGGGACGCUAUUCUAAUUUCAUUUGCCAUUAUUGCAAUAUUAGGGGACAUAUCCAAAAGAAUUGUUAUAAAUUUCUGAAUAAAUCGAAAAAUGCGACAGGAAAUCCGGUGAAAUUUUUAGAGGCGGAAAAUGAGGAUAAUCUCCAUGACUAUUUCAAGCGGCUGAGGAAGGACUACGAUAGCGACGCAGAUUCAGAUUGCCAUCGGAGCACAUCUUCUCACGGCCCACAGGGGGCAGAUAAAGCUCAUCAAGAAGACUGAAAGGAGACGAAAUGUCACGUUCCAGGUCGGUGACAGUAUCACGAAUAGACGGGGAGAGAAAAGGCGAUAUACUGCGUCGGAUGAUGAAGAACCAUUCGAUGGUUUCGAGUUGUCGAAUGAACCCCCACCAGCUAGGAGUGAACUCCAUCCAGAGGCAUUGCAAGAGAUCGUGGAAACCAAAAACGCAUCGAAUUACCAACCAGUUGGAGCUCGAAAAUCGACUAGGAAGAAGAAGAGAGCAGAGCAUGAAGAUUUCCUGUACUAUUAAGCUACAUCAGUGUGAAUUUCAAGUGCCAUCGAAUAUUACGAUUGAUUAAGCGAAUUCAAGUAAAAAUACAUUUGUAAGGACAAGUUGAAUUCUUUGUAAGUUCUAGUUAAGUGAUGAUUACUAACUAAAAAGGGAAGGAAUUGUAUUGUAUUCAGUGUGUUAACUUUCCUAUCCCCGAUCACACACAAAUGAGAGAUAUAUUAUACCUUACCUGAUAGCAUCUUUUAUACACAUUGCGCCCGAUGAAGUUUGCUGUUGACAGCCUGAAAUAAACUAAAUCAGUUGUAUCCAGAACGUGAA